UAGAGUAGUUCCUAUGUAGUAGUUACCCCAUAUGAUAUUGUUGGUUAUGUGUUGUUAUCAGGAAAAAAGAUGGAAAGAUAAAACGAAAGUUAACGCUAAAAUAACUCUCUUUGUGAACAAUAGACAUGAUUGGAUCACUGCACGAUCUUCACGUUUCCAGCAGUCUCAGGAACUAAAUAUAAGUUCGUGAUGCCAAUUAAGGGUCUGAUUUUAAUCCAUGAAGUCGAGGUCAAGUAGCCAGUCACGUACGUACUGAUCGAAGCCUCAGAUCUAAAUUAACGAGUCGUACGGGAAACUAAUCUUCAUUUAAUCCUGUUAUUGAGUAUCUAUACUUGUAAUGAAUGACAUAAAUGGUGACAUUUAAGAUUCAGUGGCGGAUUUAGAGUCCCCACCCCAUCCCCUUUUUUUGCUUCACUAAAUCAGCUAGAUUUAAACCUAUACUGAAAAGUAUAAAACUGAAAAAGCUGAUUUUUACUGGAUUAAACACAACUAAUAUGAAAAAAAUCAAACAGAUAUUGACACUCAUUAGCCAAAGCAUUAUGCAUCUGUAGAACCUGUAAUCAUUAACACAUUAAAUUACAACUUUAAUUUACAAAAAAAAAGAAGAAAAAAAAGAAUAAAACAAUUAAAUGAAUAAAUAAAUAAAUAGAUAAAUGAUUUUACUCUUACAAUGUUCGAUGCUCUCUAACAUAUACUUUUAAUGAUAGCAGAUGCUCAUUUAAAGAAAUAUCUCUUCACGUUACUGAAAUUUGGUGAAAAAUUGUAAUUUUCAAGUCAUCUGAACAUCGUUCGGCUUUUCCCGUCAAGUCGACGGAAAAGGCCGAGUUCUGUUCCGAGUGGGAAAGUUAAACAACUCCGUAACUUCCGGUGAAACUGCCCGCAAGAAUUUAAUUUGAAAGAAAGAAGGUUGUGCGUGUGCGGUUUGAAUUCGAGGUUAACAGAGAGAAUAACCACAGAAACUAUGUUGAUCGAGAUGAAAGAUGAAAUAUAUAUUACGAAGUAAAUCGGUAAGAUUGCUUGCUACGAAGUUUUACUAUUCAAUCCGAAUUUUCAAGGCACGGUCAGACAUCAUGAUUCUGACCAGAGGCUCAUUGGCAGCUGCAGUUUAGAAUUAGAUUUAGAACACAUCUGGUAUAGUUCAUUCUAUGAUGUGCUGUAAUGGUCUUCACUGUCCUGGCAAUGUCCGGACCGCAAACAGAAACUGGACCACAAAGGAAACUUCUUGGUGCCAGAAAGCGACAUCUGAGCAGUGAUGGGCACGAGGAACAGGUCAGCAGAACAUUGAAGUACUUCAGAGAAACUGAUGUAGGUGUGGGCACUAAGAAAUUAGUGAAGGAUGAACAUUUAACAAUUGAAACUAGGAAAUCGGUGAAGGAUGAACAUUUAAGGACUGAGACCAUGGGCACCUACAUAUCCGAGAUCAAUGAACAAGGACAAGGAUGGUUUGAAAGUUCAUUUUCCAGCGAAAGAAAAAGUUCCAAGGAGAAGACACAAGAGACUUGUGAAGGGUUACAAGGACAUCGUGCAAAUGUCAGAAGUGUUCCUGUAAUGAAGGGGGAAGAAAGAAGUAAGUCAGAGUGCUCAUUGACAGAUGGAGAUUCAGAACUAAAAUCAGAUGAAAACUCAUUGGGGACAAAAGAUAUGGAUACUGACUCGGAGAAGGAUUUGUUUGAAGAAAGUUUUCAGGACUUAGAUUUACUGAGCCAUAUCGAGUCAAUUGAGGAGAGUCAGAAUUCUGUAGACAUCACCGAUGUGAAGAAAAUCACUGUUUCAGACAAACGGGUUAAGAGUGGUCAAGUUAUGGUAUCUCCUAAUUCAAGAGCUCAUGAAAAGACAGGUUUUAUAACUGAAAAUAGCAUGGAAGAAAAAUUGAACUGUGAGUCAAUAGGUAAAAGUGCAGUUAAAAAAAGAGAAAGUAUCUGUUAUACAAACUUUUCCAAAACCACAAGAACUGGUGAACAAGUAGACAAUGAAAUGAGGACAAAGUCAUUGAAUGUAACGGAAGAUUUUGAAAAGGUUUUAAAUUCGGGAAAUGUGGGGUCACUGAGGGAUCGGUUAAAGAGGAAAUUGUUACAGAAUGUUGGGGGCAGGUCCCCCAUGAGCCCUGCACUGACUAUUGAACAGGGCAGGCUGAACCAGCUGAAGGAGGCAGAGCUCGAGGCAGCCAUCAUACAAGAGGAAAGAUCAGCAGACGACAUAGGCCCAUUCUAUGGUCUGCCAUCAAAAGUUCAACAGCUGUUACAGGACCUCAGAGGAAUUACUUCACUGUAUGAGUGGCAGGACAAGUGCCUUAAACUGCCCACUCUACAAAGGGGAGGUAAUUUGGUUUAUUCAUUACCAACCAGUGGAGGUAAAACAUUAGUGGCAGAAGUGUUGAUUCUUAAGGAGAUCUUAUGUAAGAAGCAGGAUGCCUUGAUGAUUCUUCCAUUUGUGUCCAUUGUGCAGGAGAAGGUCAAGGGAAUGGCACAAAUAGCAGUGGAGCUAGACUUCCUGGUGGAGGAAUACGCGGGCAGUAAAGGCAGAUUUCCUCCUGUCAAACACAGAAAGAAGUGUCUCUAUGUGGCUACCAUAGAGAAAGCUCAUUCUCUGGUGAACAGUCUGUUAGAACAAGGCAGAAUGGAGUCUCUAGGACUAGUGGUUGUAGAUGAGCUUCACAUGAUUGGUGAAGGUAGAAGCCGAGGAUCUUGUCUGGAGGCCACACUUUUGAAAAUUAUCCUAGCCAAAGCUUCAACACAAAUUAUUGGAAUGAGUGCGACGCUGAAUAAUAUAAAAGAUCUUCUGACAUUCCUUGAGGCUGAUCUCUUCACAAGUGAUUUCCGUCCAGUCAAGCUUACAGAGCAUGUCAAGCUACAAGACUAUAUUUUUGAAAUCCAGAAAGGUGAAACUCUACAGGAGAGUUUAAAUCAGCAGCGCACUGUGAUGUUUCAGUACAGUCCAGAAGUGAACCGAGUGGACCCGGAUCAUCUCCUGGGGCUAGUGACAGAGGUCAUUCCUGAGCACUCUUGUCUCAUCUUCUGCCCAACCAAGAAAAAUUGUGAAAAUGUUGCUCUGAUGCUGAGUAAGCUGAUGGCCAAACAUAGACGAGAGCUGAGCCACGUGAAAAAGCAAGAACGAAAGGAGCUGCUGAAGGAGCUGUACAAGGAUGGAGAACAGAGGCUAUGUCCUGUGUUGCAGCACACGAUACAUUUCGGGCUGGCGUACCAUCACAGUGGCCUGACGACAGAUGAGCGCCACCUAUUGGAGGAGGCGUACGCUAAUGGUGUGCUGUGUCUCUUGGCCUGUACGUCCACAUUGGCUGCUGGGGUCAAUCUGCCGGCAAAAAGGGUGAUACUGCGCAGUCCCUACAUUGGCAGACAGUUCCUGAAUAGAAGUCAGUACAAGCAAAUGGUUGGCAGAGCAGGAAGGGCAGGCAAAGACACCACAGGGGAGAGCAUACUUAUUGUCGGUCCCAAGGACAGGUGUAAGGUCUGGGACAUAAUAAGCGGUCCUAUGGAGAAUUGUUACAGCAGUCUGACUUUUGAUGAAGGAAAGGGACUCCGAUCUCUUAUUCUGUCCACAAUAGGACUGCAGGUUACCAAGACAACUAAAGAAGUUUUCGAGAUGAUGAACCAUACAUUGCUAUCCACUCAGGCUGCUCAAUUGUCAUGUGACAUUGUUGCCAUGACAAAGGAUGCACUUCAGCAGUUGAUUGACAUGGGAUUAGUGAUACAGAAAAAGACUCUGUCCCAAGAAAAAGAGAAUCUGCAGCCUGCUCACAUCCUGGAGGUUACACCUCUUGGACGGGCCACAUUUAAAGGAUCUGUAGACUUGAAUUUUUCUGCUCAGCUGUAUAAAGACUUGAAGAAGGCAGAGGAGUCUUUGGUUCUGACCAGCCACCUACACUUGCUGUUCCUUGUGACCCCCUAUGAUCUAGUCAAAGAUGUGCAGCCCCCAUGGAUGACCUACUUUAAACAGAUAAGUCUGUUGUCUCCAGUGGAGUUGAAGGUAGCUGAGCUCAUUGGUGUACCAGAAGCCUUCAUCGCAAAGAAAGCCUCCGGACAACACACCAGACAGAUAGUGGAUGAGUUUGUUGUGAAGCGGUUCUACCUGACGCUGAUGCUGUAUGACCUCUGGAAGCAAAGGUCAUUGUGGGAGGUAGCUGAGAAAUUUGAACACCCUCGAGGGUUUGUUCAGAAUCUUCUCUCUGCAGCGGCCAGCUUUGCAGCAUGUGUCCAUCACUUCUGCCAGGAGUUAGAAGAGUUUUGGGCCUAUCAGGAACUGCUGGGAACCUUUGUCAAGCGACUUGCGUAUUGUGUCUCUGCAGAACUUCUCCCACUCAUGGAAAUUCCAGGAGUUAAACUGGGCCGGGCUAAGCAGUUGUACAGUACAGGGUUUCGCUCCAUCGCUUCUGUGGCAUCUGCUGACCCUGAUACGAUUGUAAAAUCAAUCAAGCAGAUCUCUUGUAAAGUGGCCAAGCAGAUUGUAGCUUCUGCAAAGGUUUUGGUCAAUGAGAAAGCGGAAGCCCUGCUACAGGAGGUGGAGGAUCUGGUUACCAUACCAACUGACCCGGUGACCUCACAACAGGGGUCACCAACACGAUUGUCUCAUUGUGAUGAUAUGGACCUGUUUUCUGGUACUGAUAUGACUUCUGAAUCCCAAUGAAAAUCAGUCAUUCCAAGUGAAGGAAGUCCACUCAGUGAAAAUCAGUCAUUCCAAGUGAAGGAAGUCCACUCUGAAAAUCAAUCAUUACAAGCGAAGGAAACCCACUCAGUGAAACUUAGUCAUUACAAGCGAAGGAAACCCACUCAGUGAAAAUCAGUCAUCCCAAGUGAUGGAAGUCCACUCAGUGAAAAUCAGUCAUUACAAGUGAAGGAAUUGGUGAAUUACUUUCCCAGGGUUUGUUCAUGACUUUCCCAGGGUUUGUUCAUGAAUUUCCCAGAGUUAAUGACUUUCCAGGGGUUUGUUCAUGACUUUCCUAGGGUUUGUGUAUGACUUUCCCAGGGUUUGUGUAUGACUUUCUCAGGAUUUGUUCAUGACAUUCCCAGGGUUUGUGUAUGACUUUCCCAGGGUUUGUGUAUGACUUUCCCAAGGUUUGUUAAUGACUUUCUCAGGAUUUGUUCAUGACUUUUCCAGGGUUUGUUCACGACUCACUUUCCCAGGGUUUGUUCAUGACUUUCCCAGGGUUUGUUAAUGACUUUCUGCCCAGUGGGUUCACUUUAUAAAACUCUGCCCAGUGUGGUCACUUUACAAUGAUACAGAGGACAAUGCUGUCUGGAAAAUGUGAUAGACCAGUACUCCAAUGUUUCUGUGAUAUAACAUUUAGAUGUUCACAUCUGUAUGUUUUUUAUGACUAUUCAAUAAAUGACUUGUCUGUAUGUC